CUGCUGGUCCCCGGAGCUUUGUGUUGCGCCCCCUCCCCGCUUACAUGAUGUGUCUGAGAACUGGUGGCCCCCUAGUCAGGACGCCAUCAGGCUCGGGACCCCUUUGUGCCGGGCGCUGUGCGAAGGCAGAGAUGUCUGCCCCAGUGCCUCCUGCCCCACAGCUGGGUCUCGCCUUUUUAGGGCUGCUGACCAACCUCUCUUUGUUUUGUUUUGUUUCUCUUUCUCCUCUCCCUUGCUCUCCUUGUGAUAAGUUUCAGUUAUUGAACAAAGAUCACGCCCCCCUCACCAGGGGUGAUGGUGGGUGACUGGUGAUUGAAAUGUGUGAAGAACCUGAUCGCUUCUGUGCACUGAUUCAGUGACUUCUAAAACAUAUCUAGAUUAGAUGGGGAGAGUCUGGCAAAAAUUAAACCUUCAGAUAUUUUGGGUAGAGAGAGGCCAGAAACCAUUUUUUCAACCACCAAACCGAAACCCAGUGUGAUUCAUUUCUGGAAGGCAUUGAACUGUUGCUGUUGAACCUCCCUCUCCAGUAUUGUUUUCUUUAAUAACAAAUCAGGCCAGAGCUCUCCCUGGGUCCGUGUAGGACACAACACCCCACACCCAAUAACAAUUGCCAAACCCACCCACACUGUCACAGGAGAAGACUCAUGUCUCUUCUCUCCCCUCCCUAUUCAGGGUGGGAAGCAUAUAUCACCAUCUUCUCCGAAUUCAUCACAGUCUCCUUUCCCCAUGGAAGGGUAGGACUAAGUACACCAUGCUAAGCUUUUUCUGGAGUAAAGACAGAAUGUUUCAUUGUUAAGACAAGGAGAAUAAGUGUUGCUAAAGUUGGACUCGGAAUGUUUCACACUGAUAUUUGAGUCUGUAGAUCCUGUCUGACUCCCAUUGUCUUAAUUUUCAUUCAAUGGCACGGCUCCAAAUACUGAGAUUUGUUUUCCUAAUAAGAUGAAGGAUUUCGGGGCUGAAGAACAAAUGAGCAAUGAAGCUUUCUGGCUGUUCAAGCAGUUAAAUCUACAUUUGGAGCAAGAAUGGAAGUUUCAGCCUAGGGAGAAGGGGCUGAGCCUGAUUGAGCGCACGGCUGAGAAUGAAAACACUUUAUGUCCAAGACUAAGGAAUGCCAAGGUUGAAGAUCUGUGGAGUCUGACCAGUUUUUUUGGAUUUACAACUGAAACAUUUGUCCUGGCUGUCAACAUUCUGGACAGAUUCUUGGCUCUUAUGAAGGUGAAACCUAAGCAUCUAUCUUGCAUUGGAGUCUGUUGUUUUCAACUGGCUGCCCAAAUCAUUGAAGAGGAAUGCAAUAUUCCAUCCACUCAUGAUGUCAUCCGGAUUAGCCAAUGUAAAUGCACUGUUUCUGACCUGAAACGGAUGGAAAAAAUAAUUUCAGAAAAACUGCACUUUGAAUUUAAAGCUACUACUGCCUUAACCUUUUUGCACUUGUACCAUACUAUUGUACUCUGUCAUACCUCAGAAAGGAAAGAAGUACUGAACCUUGACAAAUUGGAAGCACAGCUGAAAGCUUGCAAUUGCCGAUUAGUCUUCUCUAAAGCAAAACCAUCCAUAUUGGCCUUGUGUCUUCUCACUCUGGAAGUUCAGACUUUAAAAUCCAUUGAGCUGUUUGAAAUUGUUCUGCGUGUUCAAAAGCAUUCAAAGAUAAGUGACAGUGACUUACUCUACUGGCGAGAGUUGGUUUCAAAAUGCCUAGCAGAUUAUUCUUCUCCUGAAUGUUGCAAACCAGAUCAUAAGAAGUUGGUUUGGAUUGUUUCAAGACGUACAGCCCAGAAUCUACAAAAUAGUUACUGCAGUGUUCCUGAGUUGCCAACUAUACCAGAGGUUGGAUGUUUCAAUGCAAGUGAGAAUGAAGACUCCUGUGAAGACAUGAGCUGUGGAGAAGAAAGUCUUAGCAGUUCUCCUAGUGAUCUAGAAGGCAACUUCUUCUUUGACCUCAAACCUAAAUCUAAGUGGAAAGCUCUCAACUGUCAGUCUUAGUACAAUUUAAUUGCACUAGAGCACAGUUUUUAAAUGUACCAUAGGUUUUCUUGGCAAUAAUAGAGUAGGUAGUAUCCAGGCAAGAGUUGCCAUGGAAUAUCUACGUGCUUAUAAAGCCUGCCUUUUUUUUAGAUUCUGAUUUAAGCAGCCAUUUAGGUACCCGUUCAGCAAAAUACUUACACAGCCAUAGUCCUGUUGAAGUGGACUACUCUUGUGAGUAAAACGAUGCAUGUGGACCAGUACCUUGCUGAAUUCGGUCUAAAAGUAUAAUGGGCUAGUAUUUCAAAUGGUAAAACUGCUUUGGAGUGCACACACAGUCUUCAAGAAAAGAGGUUGUAUGUGCUCUAUUGUACUCAUUUCUUUUGGGGCAGGAAGUAUUUUAACCAAAAUUGUAUAUUUUAAUGGUGUACUCCUGAAGAUUUUAAAAUCUUUGCUUUUUAAACUUCAGGAAUCCUUGUUUAAUCAGGAAUAUGCAUGAUCUCUUUUGGGAGGAAUAUAGACUUAAAUACCUUUAAACCCAUUCAUACGAAUGAUAGUCUAGUAUGUAUGUGCCAGGGUUUAUUUUAGUAUUUUUCAUUUUAAACUAAUGCAGAAUAAGCUUAUGCUGAAUUUCAUAAUAUGAACUUCAGUGUUUAAAAUUUUAGUGUGAACAAGACAAUUCAUACUAUUAGACUAGAAGUAUUAACAUAUUAAAUUUGAUAAGUCAACAUUCCUUUAAAUAUUUAACCCUUGUAGUUGAUUUCAGUAUUCUUCUACUGUCAAAUGACUAAAUCCAUAUUCAGACUGGUUUGCAUGUUUAUGUGAAAGCUGUUAGUGCAAGAGGAGUCGGUAUUAUGCAGAAAUGUCAGGUAAAUGUGAAGUUUGAUAAAGUAGUUGAUAUAACGGCAGAAACUUUGGUAAUUUUUUUGCAUUUUUGUUGAAGCACACAGAUUAGUAUGAUUGCAUUUCACUAGAGUAUGGACAGCUAGGAAAAGAGGAAAUUCACUCUAGAGAAUAACGGUACAUGUGUGGUAGUGCCAACAUAAAAAGGUGAAGGGGCAAAAAAACGACACGCUGAAGUUUAAUGUUUGUAGAAGUAAACAUCUUUCUAGGAUGUGCAGAUGUGAAUGGUGACAUAAGUUCCUAAAUGUUAUAUUCUUUCAGUUUUAUAAACUUAUACAAAAGUUUACAAAAUGUAUAAAAAAAUGUAAAUUUAAAAAAUGUACAGAAAAAUCUUAACUUUAAAUGAACAAAAAAGUACUGUAUUUUUUUACAUUGUGUAUGUAACUUUCUGUAGGUAGCUUGCAUGUGGAUAUUAAUUUAUUGUUUGUUCUGUAUGAUACAAAUACUGUCUAUUGAAGUCUUGCUUUUUCUGCAGCAGGCCUCAACAUCCAACAAGAUAUUUUCUGAAUCCCAACCUACUGUUUUGCUUCAUUUCAGAAUAAAAAUAAAGCAGUUGUAUUUCUGUUUGUGUAAAUCUAUUGCAAUCAAAGACUUAUCGUGAAGUUAUAUCAGCUGCUCUA